UGCCCUCGGCUCGAGCCAGUUCGUGGGCCGGAGCUUUUUCUACGCGUGCUCCACCCCAUGACCGCAAACUCUUCGUUCCACAGCUUUCUCCUUUUAAGCUUUCCUUGCUCACCCUCCAUCCUCCUUCUUCCCGUCCCUCCUCAGGAUGAUAGCCUGAACGCCUGGCUCUCCUGCGCAGCGCACCGGCGACAGUGCGGAAUCCAUGGCCGGCAUCAGGCUUGAACCCUGCAACCCCAACGCCAUCCGGCUGCAGGACGGCGACAUCCCAAGCUCUGGUUGGCCGUCGAUCAGGCUGGUGAGCUAUUGCGCCAUGCCCGGCUUCUGAUCGCGGGUGACCUUGUCCGAGUGUUCAGCAAAGAGCCGGCAAAACCCAUCUCCGCUCCCGAGGCACGUCCUUGCCUUUUGCGUCGAGAAAGCUUGCUCCUUUGGAGGCCCCUCCUGCCGGAACCAUGGGGAACGCAACGGAACUCGUGUCGGCCUCGGCCAUGGCUGCCGAACAGCAGACGUCGGGGUCCUGGCUCGGCGUGUUCGGGAGCAUCACGCUGGCUGUCUUUCAGCUACUAUCGUCUAUCCUGUAUUGGGCGCUCAGGGUCACCACCUUUUCGGUCCCCAGCCUGCUUUUCACUAUAUUUUCCACCAGCUUAACCGUCACAAUGAACGCAACGACGCUCAUGGUCAUUAUGGGGAUGGCAUUUUCCUUGGCGAGCUGGUUUGUGCGCUACCGCUACCUCAACAUGUAUGCCCGUCUGCCCCCGGAGCCUCAACGGAAAGAGCCAGAACUGGACCUUUUUGUGGACCCCCACUCCGAGCGUGACAAGUCAGGACUCUCCAACUAUCUGGACGAGUUCCUCAGCGCCAUCAAGAUCUUCGGGUAUCUUGAGCGCCCGGUGUUUCAUGAGCUCACUAGGUCCAUGCAAACCCGGAAGCUCAUCGCGGGUGAGACCUUCAACCUUGAGGAAGAGAAGGGCUUCUGCAUGGUUGUCGAUGGCCUGGUCGAGAUUUUCGUCAAGUCGGGGGACAGGCGACCAGCCCCGGCUGCUGGAUCGCCCAUCUCCGAGUCCAGUGGUGAUGAACAAGAGGAGUAUCACUCGGGUCACCAGCGCUACCAGCUGUUGACUGAAGUUCACAACGGCGCCCCCAUGUCGUCCUUGUUCUCUAUCAUGUCCCUGUUCACCGAGGACGUCAAGCUACGUCACAACGAGGACGAGUCCGAGCCCCCUUCAGCUACGGAACUGUACCAGAACACAGGCCUGGGACUGUCCGACAACUUCCGUAACCAGCACGACCUACCUAUAUCUGUGCCUAACACGCCCCAGAUUCCCAGGUCAGGCGCAGAGGGAACACCACAGGAGUCACAGCCACUUAGCCAUUCAACAUCCAACAUCCCACCCAUCUCCCUGGAUCCGCCACUCAAGCAACGCCCCAAGCGCCCAGUGCCCAAGAGGAACGCCACAACCUCAGCGCAUCCUGACAUCAUUGCCCGAGCCACCAAGGACACAACAAUCGCCAUCAUUCCAGCCAGCGCCUUCAGGAGACUUAUUCGGAUAUACCCAAAAUACACGUCACACAUUGUGCAUGUCAUCCUCUCGCGGUUUCAGAGGGUCACUCUCGCCACGGCCUACAACUAUCUGGGCCUCACCCGCGAUGUUCUGCAGAUCGAAAAGAGUAUGAUAGAGUACACGACCUGCGAGCUGCCUAAUUUCUUGAGAGGUGAUGCCCUCGAUCGGCUCAAGGAGAAGUUCGUCAAGGAGCGGGAACGCAUGGGUGAUGGGGACUGCACCAAAGGAAUUGCUCUGCACAACUCCUCCAGUGGCCGGCGUCAUUCGGCAUCAGCUUCUCUCCGAAAGGAGGCCGCCCUCCAGGCCCUCUCCAACCGGCAGCGCCACAGCUCUGUCAUGGCAUCUCAGCCCAAUGCGUCGCUGCCAAGGGGCCCCAUGAGCACGUCGGGGUCAGGCACCGAUUUGCUGAACAACAUCAAGCUCUCCCGAAAUGGCGGACAUCCUUCUACGGCCAACAUGGACGCACCAAGCGCGUCGACACCCACUGUCCUGCUAGAGGCCGAGGCCGUGUCGCCGCUCUCCCAACGGGUCUCGAAUCCGUUUGUGGCACAGAGGCAUGCUCGUAUCUCGAUGAACAAACGCGAGACGGUUGAUGAGGAUGGGAUUUUCCGCGAGUCCAUACUAGAGUGUAUGUUUAAGGCCAUUGGCUUGACAACAAACACAAGCGGCACUUCGGAGUCCACUGAGGGCUCCCCCCUGCUGGGGUCCUAUGACCAGAUCCGACAGCGCGGUGUUUCGAGUCACAACGCAUUUGGGUUGAUCGAUCCUUAUGGGGGAUCUGCCGAUGGCGAUGCAGACUCUAUCACCUCUGGGGGCACAGGGCUGCCCAACCAGGCCGUGAACACACGGGCCUUGGCCCACGACAUGAGAGAUGAGGUCGAGAUUGUCUACUUCCCCAAGGGCUCUCUGUUGGUUGAGCAAGGGGAGAGAAAUCCCGGUCUCUACUAUGUCGUCGACGGCUUCCUUGACGUCUGCAUGACGUCUGACGAGUCUUCUGGAGACAUAUUGCAAGUGUCAAGGAACGCGUCUUCCUCAUCUCCUGCUCGGAGCAGUGCGGCCAGGCGCUCAUCAUCAGAUCGUCGGAAGGCAUCCACAAGUCAUCAUUCCAUGCCCGCCUCCGGGAUGAAGUUUGUUGAUGGGCGCAGAGGACGAAAGGGCAGCCGUCGGAGUGUGGCUCUUGUGAAGCCAGGAAACCUGGCGGGAUAUGUCGGCACCAUCUCGUCACAUCGAUCAUUUAUAGACGUCGUGGCAAAGACUGACGUUUACGUUGGUUUCUUGUCCCGGCAAUCUCUGGAGAGGAUUGUAGAUCGAUAUCCCAUCGUGCUGCUCACCAUCGCCAAGCGCCUGACCAACCUCCUUCCGCGCCUCAUUCUGCACAUCGACUUUGCCUUGGAGUGGCUGCAGGUCAAUGCUGGGGAAGUUCUAUUUCAUGGCGGCGAGGAGAGCGAAGCUAUCCAUAUCGUUCUCAACGGCCGCCUGCGGCUCGUCGGGGAUCGCAAAGACGGUGGGGUCGACGUCCGGGCCGAGUAUGGUCAGGGCGAGAGUAUCGGAGAGCUCGAGGUCCUGACCGAGUCUGCCAGGACCGGGACCCUCCACGCCAUCAGGAACACAGAGCUGGUCAAGUUCCCGAGGACUUUGUUCAACAGCCUGGCGCAGGAGCACCCCAACAUUACCAUCAAGAUCUCCAAGAUCAUAGCAUCCAGGAUGAGGAGCAUCGUCAACGAUCCAUCAAGUGUGGUUGGCAAGGAGAGCGCCAUGAAGGCUACUCUCAACAAAGGCUCGUCGACUCUCAACCUGCGCACCGUAGCGAUCCUCCCGGUCACGGCCGGCGUCCCUGUCGUGGAGUUUGGGAGCAGGUUGAUGGCCGCGCUCACACAAGUCGGAACACCCAACGGGGCGACGUCUCUCACGCAGUCUGCAAUCCUCAACCAUCUAGGCAGGCACGCCUUCAACAAGAUGGGCAACCUAAAGUUGUCGCAGUACCUCGCUGAUCUUGAAGAGAAGUAUGGCCUGGUCAUCUAUGUGGCUGACACCAACGUCAACUCUCCCUGGACCCAGACUUGCAUCACGCAAGCGGACUGCAUUCUACUCGUGGGCCUAGCCGAAGGAUCACCAGAGGUUGGCGAGUACGAGCGUUUCAUGUUGGGAAUGAAGUCUACGGCGAGGAAGACGCUGGUUCUGCUUCACGCAGAGCGCUACAGUUCGCCAGGUCUGACGCGGGCGUGGCUCAAGAACCGCAUGUGGAUCAACGGGGGCCACCACCACGUGCAAAUGGCCUUCCAGGGUCAGACAGUCCCUAUGCCCAAGCGCACAGGCCCAAGCCUGAAGGAGAGGGUUCAAAUAAUCCAGGCCGAGAUCCAGAAGUACACGUCCAGGAAGGUCCGACACACCCCUUUCUACUCCCCAGAUGCACCCUACAAGGGAGAUUUCCACCGCCUCGCCAGGCGGCUAUGCGGCAAGUCUGUCGGGCUUGUUCUGGGAGGCGGUGGUGCACGAGGAAUUGCCCAAGUCGGCAUCAUUCGAGCCAUGGAGGAGAGCGGCAUCCCGAUCGACAUUGUCGGGGGCACGUCGAUUGGGUCGUUUGUUGGCGCGUUGUACGCGAGGCAUGCGGACGUGGUGCCCAUCUUCGGUCUGAGCAAGAAAUUUUCUGGCCGCAUGGCGAGCAUGUGGCGGUUUGCUCUGGAUCUGACAUACCCCUCGGCUUCGUACACGACGGGACAUGAGUUCAACCGAGGCAUAUACAAAACGUUUGGGAAAACACAGAUCGAAGAUUUCUGGCUCGAGUUUUACUGCAACACCACAAACAUCAGCAAAAGCAGAGCCGAGAUCCAUACGAGCGGCUAUGCUUGGCGUUACGUCAGAGCCUCGAUGUCGCUUGCCGGCCUGCUCCCGCCUCUCUGCGACGAGGGCAGCAUGUUGCUGGACGGGGGGUACAUCGACAAUCUCACUGUAUCACACAUGAGGUCACUCGGAGUCGAAACCAUAUUCGCGGUCGACGUUGGUUCUUUGGACGAUGACGUGCCACAAGCCUAUGGUGACACGCUCUCGGGUCUCUGGGCCUUUGUCAAUCGUUGGAACCCAUUCUCAAACACGCCGAACCCGCCAACUCUGGCCGAGAUCCAGGCGCGUCUCGCGUACGUGUCGAGUGUGGAUGCGCUUGAGCGAGCCAAGACGACCCCAGGAUGCAUCUACAUGCGGCCUCCAAUCGAUGAGUACGGGACGCUGGAUUUCGGCAAAUUUGACGAGAUCGUGCACGUCGGGUAUCAAUAUGGUCGCGAGUUCCUUCAGAAGCUGCGAGAGGAGGGCGUGCUCCCGCUUAUAGAGGAGACAGAGGCCAAGAAGGCGCUCCGCAGAACGAUGGCUCCCCGGAGAGCCAGUAUCUAGCAACGCAGUAUAGUCGGACAGCACAGCACAGCAUCAGGGCUCGCUAGCAUGCUGGUAUUCAAACAGACAGCGAACUGUCAUGUCAAGGUUCACAGUACCUGACAUUCGCCCACCUAGCCAGAUUAAGCAAAGAUUGAACAGAGAGCGACUUUUUUUUUUCUUCCGAAUUUCCCUUGCAGAACAUACCUUGCGCGAUAUAUGCGGGCUGAA